CAAUCAUAGAUAGAUGAUAGAUAUAAGUAUGUUUUAUAAUAGGCUUACUUAUAGGUGUGAAGAUUGUCUUUGGUGUGUUCUGUUCUAAUUUGCAGCUAGUUUCUUGGACUUCAUCUGACUGAAAGUGAACAUCCGGCUCAUAGGCCUCAGUGCAAUGUCACACCAAAAGUGGGAAAAGAAAAAAGAAAAAGCCAUAAACGAAGGAAACUUGGAGGAGCUAUAUGCUGCAUGUAUAGAACUUGCUUCCCUGCAAACCAAUAAAGAAAAUUAUGAGGAUGCUAUUAAACAAUAUAAGGAAGCCAAGACAGCGGCUGAAGCUGCUAACAACACUAUCAAUAAGGCUGUCUGCCAUAGAAUGAUUGGAGAGGUGUACAGUAAAAUGCAAAAAUAUGACGAAGGAAUCAAACAUCAACACAAGUAUUUAGAGUUAGCACGGGUUGAGAAUAACACAGUUGAAGAACAAAGGGCCUUAGCUAACUUAGGCCACAUGUACUUCCUAAAAGCAGACACCUUUGUCAACCCUGCGUCUCAAGAAAAACUGAAAUGCCUUGAAAAAUCAGAGAAAUACAGCAAGCUUAGUUUGCAGACCUGUGAAAGGAUCACAACUGUUAACAAGCAGGAAUUGGUAGAAAUGCAAGCUCGGUUGUACUUGAACCUGGGACUGGUGGUGGAGCAAAAUGAUCGUGAAACUGCAAUUAGUCACUACAAUCGAGCAAUAAACCUAUGCAAGAGUAUGGACAUAUGGAAUAUCCUGUGCAGUUCGUACAGUGGGCUAGGGACACUCUAUUAUAACCAAGGAGACCACACUCGAGCACUGACGAACAUAGACAAAGCACUCAACGUUGCACAGCGGCUUCCAGACAGAAACCAACAAAUAUGCGAAGCAUUACUGCUAAAGGCUGAUAUACUUUUUGACUUGCCAGAUUUUAGAGGUGCCAAACAAUGUCUUCUGAAGGCUUACAAAUUAAACACCGAAACUCGUAGUAGUGUCGAAAAAAAGCUGAAAACAGUUGCUGCUGUUAGUCGUUACGAGCAGAAGCUAUUGGACACUCCAGAUUGUGACUUGGAGACUAAGAAGUCCCUGUAUGAGUCACUAGGGGAUGGCUGUGUGGCAAUGUACAGCUACUCCAAGGCUAUUGAAUACUACCAUCGUAUGCUGGCUACUGCUCGCGACCUAGGCGAGUCAGGAGAGCAACUAAGGCCUUGUUUCGUGUCUUUGUCUCAGACAUACAAGGAUAACAAGCAGUAUGAUGAGGCCAUCAAGUACUUGAGGGAAGAGCUGGAACUCAACGUUAACAAUCCUGUUGAGGCCUGCAAGACGACGUUAAGCAUUGCAGAGGUUCUGGAGCUGAAAGAGGCAGAUGUUAAUGAGACUACUGAAUGUUAUCUAAAAGCAAGGUCGCUUGCACAGACAGCCAAGGACAUCAAACUAGAGGCCAGGACAUUGGAGUCCUUUGUGCAGUUUCUUAAGGAGAAGAAUAUGAUUACUGAUUCUCGGAAAAUGGAGGCAGAACUUGAAAACCUGAAAGAAACGUAUGGCCCUAUGAACGACAGCUCAAGUGAAGAAGAAGAAGAAAACACACCUGACAUUGGAGCCGACAUUGACAUCAAUGAGCUCUCAGACGACGAGCCUGAGCCUGGAGAAACCCAUCGAGCACGCAAAAGAUGUCCGACCAGAAAUUUACGUCGGAAUGAAAAAGGAGAGUAUCCUCUUCAUGUUGCUAGCAUCAACGGAAAUAUUGCACUCGUUAGAAAACUGUUGGAUCAGGGUCAUCCUGUGAACGUGAGAGACAAUGCAGGAUGGUUGCCACUCCACGAGGCUUGCAACCUCGGACACCUGGAGGUUGUGGAGGAGUUGCUGGACCACGGAGCUAUCAUAAAUGACCGAGGAGGCGACCAAAGUGAUGGAACGACUCCAUUACUGGACGCAGCCACAUGCGGCAACCUGACUGUGAUACAGCUGCUGCUGCGAAGAGGGGCGUCACCUGUCAUGCGAAACAACAAGGGAGAAACUGUUCUGGAUUGCCUGAUGGCUUGGCGAAGAAGAAGCAAAAAGGAAACAAAAUCAGACUUGGACCCUGAAACUCUUGCCCAGUAUGAUGAUGUUGUCAAAACACUCAGGGUUGCUUUGAAAAAAGCUGGACACAAUCCAGAAUCUGAAAGGAGAUCCCCUUCACCUGUUACCUCUUCUUUCACAAGUCAGCCAUCAACGUCAAGAGGGCAUUUGGAAAACACCAGGGAUUAUCCUUCACAAAGACAAGUGCCAUCCAACAAAAGGAGGAGUUUUGAGGAGGAUGUUCAAUCAUCCAAACAUAGAUUUUCUGAUAAAGAUAGAUCAAGGUCAUCUAGUUCCUCCUUGCGAAGAAGUGGAGAAGAACUUGAAGUACCAUCAAAGAAAAGUACAACAGCUACAAGAGAGUACGAAGAAGCAAUGAAAAGUCUGCGGCGGAAACACACAACAUUUCCUUCACCACAGAGUCCACCAAGAGUUGAGCACAGUGCCCUAGUGGCAGAAGAUGAAGUAGUUGAAGACUGGUUGGUAGAUGACCUAGCACCAUCAGGUCACAGGGGCAUCAAGCGGCGCCGCUCACACCACUUUGAGGGAGAGCCCCAGCGCCGGCCCAACCGCCUCCCGGACAGCCCUCCCCCGGCGCCCCGACGUGUGUACAGACCUAUCAGCCCUGUGGAUCUUUUCACUGACUCCAGCAACUCAGGGGAACGUCAGGUGGAAGAAGAUGUGCAGCAAAGAGAAUCUGUGACUAUAAGUGAUGAACCUGACAUUGUACAGGAAAUUCUUACUCCCCAACAACCUCAAAGUAAUGUGAGGCCAGUCUCCUUAGCCACACAAGUUCCUCUGACAGGCUUUGGCGUUGUUAGGCAGUCAAUGCCUCCUCCAACGGAACUUCCAGCAGCAAUGCCAAUGAACUUCCAGCCCCCGACUCAGCAACCUACUCAAUGCACACAGAAUACUCAGCAGAUGGGGCUGCCAUCCAUAAAAGUGCGGGUGGAAGGCAAAUUACUACUGAUACCUCUGCCAACCCAAGAAAACACCCAGGAAGUUCAAACCAUCGCCUGGCUGGCUGAGGAAGCUGCUAAACGCUACUACAGUUUCGAAGGUCAAGAGCCGCGGCUGAGCCUACAGACAUGGGAGGGAGCCAUGUUGUCUCCUCAGGACCCUGUCUCUCUACUACUGGGCUGUAAUGAGGUGGUGGGGGUGGUGAACAGCUGGAAAGUACACAAAGCUACUGAAAGAUACAGGGAGGUCUGCGCUGAAAUAGGAGUCGAAGUGGAUGACCACCUACAACGGUGCCUGGAAGGUAUUCCUCUCUCACUGGCAGACUGUGGGCUGGACGCUGUUACAGUGGACCCUGUGUUUAGAGCACUGAUUACGCAGACAAAUCUUCAGUAUCUGGUGCUGUGCGACAACAGACUUGGUGACGACGGCUUUCAGUUGCUGGGAAAGUUGGUUCCAAAACUGCCCGUUCUCCAAGAGUUAGAUGUCAGUUGCAAUGGAAUCACUGGAGAUGGGCUCACUAUGUUUGUGGAUCAGGUCGUAGAACACCAGGCUUGUCAGAGACUGAAGGUACUGAAGUUGAGUCACAAUAGACUAGGUAGGACAUGCACAGGGCCACUGUCUCGUCUAUUGCAAGUAACCAGAUGUCUCAUGGGCCUGUCCAUCACAUCGGUGGGACUAACAGCAGGCAGCUUUGCAGGCACUAAUCAACUCAAUAUGGAGAGAAUUGAGGUGUUAGAAGCGAGUUCAAACUCACUGGGGAAUGAUGGUGUGCGAGCAUUGCUGGGAGGACUGAGCGUGGAGCGAGUAGUGGAGCUACAUUUGGCUCACACAGGAGAAAGGGUGGUGAGCGAAGUAGCGAACUGGCUAGCAAGAGGAGACCCGUGUAGACUGCAAACACUCAACCUUGCCCACUGUCCUGACCAGCAGACGGCUCUGGAGAGACUGACUCAGUGAGUAUAUAACCUUUGACAGUGUGG